AUGCCUCCUAAAAAAGAGAAAGACCGCGGCGAUGAUGAUAAUUAUUGGCGAAUACUUAUUGAGCAAACACCUUUAAAUGAGCCUACGUGGAACGUUAAAGUAGUUAUUUUUGAAACAGCUGGAGGCGAACAAGAAAUCAUGUAUUUAAACAAAUUCGAAACAUUCGCUAAGGAAGAAAAAAGGUUUGUAAUCAAAAAUAUUUGUAAAUCUGAAACCAUGUUCAUGGUCAACCAACUUGGUGCUGAAAAGAAGGUAAAAGAUGAAACCUUACGAGUUUUCGAGGAAGGUCACAUGUACCUCAAAGAAAAGAAAGAUAUUCCCCCAGAUAUACUCGCGCUUAUAAUAAAACAUCUUGUUUUAAAAAUGAAACAAGAGUAUCUUUCUAUUCAAAAGCAAAUAUUUGUUGUAAGAGAAGGCAUGCGAAACGAAUCGUUGACAAUGAUAGAUCGCUCUGAAAUAAGAAAUAAUAUGCCACUUCAAAGUGCCCAACCGAGUGAACCGGUCGAGCCUCCACAUCCCAAAACUAAAGGCAAAAAAGAUGAAACAGAUGCUAUAAGUACUAUAGUACCGGAAGAAGGCAAAAAAUAUAACACAUUACUUCGAGUGAGAGGAGAAGAAUGGAGAGAUAAAGUUUACGUAGAUGACUUUCCACUUGACGGUCCUAAUUUAUAUCUGGCCAUUACCGGAUUUUUGGAGCCCUAUCUCUUGGAGAGCCUCAUGAAAAUUGGCGUUCCGCUAACAGCGGUUGUUCAAAUAAGGAUUGAUCCCACAUCCAAUAAAAUAUCAUCAGGUUAUUUUACAGGAACUAAAAGAGGACAUAGUGCAAUUGAGUUGGCUGCAGAAAAAUCUUAUGAAUUUUGGAAAACAUUACAGGAAUUACGAUUAGACAAUACGUCUGCUCAAAAUUUUAAAGAUAUGGCUUUUAUAGUUUUCACUCCGCCGUACGGCAGUAGUGAAACGUUGUCGAGUAGCGCUGACCGAGUGUACGACGAGCUCAGUUUCCUCAUGUACGAUAUACAAGAUUUAACGAGGCAACACGCACAUUAUUUAGAUAACAUGGAUGUCAAGUGCAUACCCACUGAAAGUAAGAAUGUGAACAUGUUAAAAACAUACUGUGAUCAAUUAAACGAAAUCCCUCUGGAAUGUACCACUAUUUUUUCUAUAAUAGAUAGUAUGUUACAAACUAUUUGUUACUACGCUUCCUAUGACAGCAAAAGCGGUACAACAUCUCUGUCGACAGAUUUUACAAUAAUGCAAAAUAGUUUUAGUACUAAAAGUCCCACUAAUUUUGAUAAAGCCGAUAAUCUUAUUAACAAAGUUUUUGAUACUUUAUCUAAGGGUGAUUUUAAUAAAAAAAAAUACCGAAUAACUUGUGGUGAAGAGUAUGACAAAUAUAAAGAUCCAGUAAUUAUAAACUAUGGAGAUUGUGCACAAUGCACUACUUUUCAUUUAGAACAUAUUAAUUUGGACAAUAUAAUUUGGUCUUCGUUAGUUAACAUGCCUAUUUGCAACUUGUGGCAAAAUCAGGCAAUUCCUUCAGAAGAGUUACAGGCGAAGGUUAACUUUCACCUCAGCGCCCUACACUCAUGUUUCGACAAAAAAGAACUUGACGAUUCCUUGUUCAGUAGACUAGUUCACAUGUUGUCUUUUCGUAAACUUUAUAAUAAUAGGAGUUCUUUGAAAAAAGGGAGCGUUCCGCCAACCAGUAUUUCUGAAUUUAAGAAAAUAUAUUUAAAACGUAGUACUUUCGCGGAACCCUUUCCCAAAACAACGUCGUUAUUCUGGACGAGCAGUGCUACUUCUCCCCCGAGCCCGACUAUUGUAAAAAGUAACAGCUAUACCAAAGAGUUUUCAUCUGGAAGCAGCUCAGAGGAGCAACGAGUUGAGCUUCUGUUUGAUUGUCCCGAUUUAAGCGAACUAGUAUCUGCACUUGAAAUAACAAACGAUAAGCCUGUAAAUCAUUUAAUUGACGAAUAUGAUUUUUUCGAAGAUUUUUCUGGAAUUAAUGCCUUACAAGUAUUACUCAAAGCGUUUACCAAAUUUAAUUGCUUAAACUAUAAAUAUUGUGAAGUAACUGAUGAUUUUGUUAUGAUGUUUUAUAAUAAUCAUGAUAGUGAUGGAAUUUCUCGAGAAGAAUGGCGUUGUCAUUUACCAACCCCCGUGUGUUUGCAAGACUUUUUUGAUUUCGUACUUGAGGAGGAAUAUCAAUGGAUUCAAGACGAAGAAAAACUGUACGAUGAAAGCACUCUGUUGAAAACUAAAUUAGAAUGGAAAGAGUCCUUAGAUAAAGUCCCAGCAAAAAAUUGUGUUGAAAAUAUUGAUGAUAUAGAUUCUGAGCUCUUAAUUACAGGGUCUCUGAAAUAUCAAGAAAGAAUACAAAAUGAUAGUCUCGAGGAAGAGGAUUUAGAACAAAGUAACUUAUUGCCUAAAAUGAUAGUUUCAUCGACUUCCAGUCCAGAUUCCAAAAGUAGCCGCAAAACAAAAUCUACACAAGAAAACAAAAAGAAAGGUGUCGAUGUGACAUCUGAUGCUGAUAAUGUUUCGGAAUAUAAUUCGUACCUAAAAAGAUUUUCCGGCUAUAACUUAGGAGAAAGAAGAGUUGAAGUAUUCGGAAAAGAUUCGAUUUUUUUUUCUAAAGACGGUACAAAAAUAUGCAGUUUUUACACUAUUAUUAUACCAAUGAAUUUGGAGUAUUUAGUUUUAAAUGUGGUUCCGGGUAACGAAAAUAAUGAAUUUUGGAUGCAAAAAAAAAUAGGGGAUGUUGUUCCUACCAAUACCGAUAAUGUUGAUGAAUCCUUUAGAAUUAUAAGUAAAGAUCAAGUAACAUACUAUCUAAAGAAAAAUUGGCAUGAACCACCUAUACCUGUUGUAACUUCACUUUGUAGCCAAAGUAAAACAAAACAAAAUGUAAACUCAAGUAAGAGCAAAGUUAAAACAUCCAGUUCAGUUAACACUUUAAUAUGUGAUUCAAAAUUAUACCAUACUUUCGUAAUAACGUGGCCCAACGGUCUUAUAAUAGAGAGUGUAAAUGAAGAUAAUUCACCCAAAGUUAAUCAUAUCAAACAAUUUUAUGUAAGUCAUGUAACAAAUAUCAAUGAAGACAUGCGUUGUAUCACUCUAGAUGGUGAAGUGGUUAUUUUUAAAAAAUCUGGUAUUAUAGAAAUAUACAGACCGGACGCCACCUAUAUUAAAAUAAUCAAAUGUGCAAAAAGAAUUGUACAUCAAGAAAUUACAGAGGAAAUUCGCAGCGCCAGUAGUUCGGAGAAAAAUAAAAAAGUCAAGGGUAAAUCCGCAACCGCAAAAGACAAGCUAGGUAAAUCCGCAUCAAAGUCUUCGAAAAGUGUUAUUGAACAGAAUGAAACUUCGGUCGGCACGCCACAAUACGAGUUAUUUAUUGAUGAAUUCGAAAUAACGGAUUCUACUGGCUUAAAGGAGAAGUGGGUAAACAAUCACCUCAUAAGCGCAGAAAAGCUACUAGUAAGGACGGCCACGGACUAUAAUUUGGGUGAAGUGUUUUCUCGGCGAAUGGAUGGCACUAAUACUUUGCUCAAUAAAGAUGGGAUGUUCGUUGCAACAUUCCAUGACAACACCAGAAUUAUUACGACAUACUCAAUUGAUGAUGAAGAAAUUUAUCCUGAGGUCGAUUCUACUGAUUUAUUGAAUUCGCGUGUUAUAUUUGAAAAUGAUAAGACACCAAAAGAUAUUGUUGAAUCGCCAAAAAGUAAAGAAAGUUUAGCAUCACAUGAUAGUUCAACAAGCAACACUUUAAGUGAAAAUGUGAGAGAAGAGGAAAUAGAAAUGAGAAUGGACGGUUAUGUAUCAAUUCAUAUGACUCAUACAAUAGAGAACGCCAACUUUGCUACCGUCACUGUUAAUAAAGCUAAUGGCGAUAUUACUGUUGAUUCGCCAAAUAAAACUUCUCUUGUCUUAGAUGCAAAUGGGAAAUACGAUUUUUUGCUUGAUACAUCAACAAAUGCCAAUUUCGACGGUGCAUGUUUAAAUAUUAACUUUGAAGCUUGCAAUCAGUGUGAAUCUACUACCACAUGUACGGUCAACAUAAACAAUGUGACAAACGUAAGCGAUAUUGAACAAACAUGGCUAUCUAUGAAGGAUUCUUUCGGUAAAAAUAUAGUUGUUGACGUGGAAGGUGCAAUCAAUAUUGUGACUGAUCCGAUAAAAGACGAAGUUGAACAAAACAAAGAUGAAAAAGUACCAUAUAAACCUACCGCGUCCUGCCUUACGUUACUGGGAAAGUGUAGGGAAAUGUAUGAUGCAAAGGCCCUAAGAUUUUUUGUAUUUAGGAGGGAUAUGAGUUGUUCUGAGCUGGUUCAUCGUUCACUUAUGGAACAAUAUAAGAAUCAUUGCCGUUGGCAGCCUUGGUGUUCAAUCAAUGAGUAUGAUACUUUUGGAGAUCAUCGCAGAAUUCUAUCAAUACUUACGCCAUUACAACUCACUGAAACAGAAAAAUGGUUAAUGCGGUCUAAAUACUGUGAUAAGCCAAAGAAUCUUAAGUUUAAAGACUUAAAAGAAGACACGGGCAAAGGUUUUUAUCAUUGGAUGCGUCCGUAUGGAAGAUUUCAACCCGAGCCGAAGAGUAUUGAAGAGUUUAAAUUACCAAGACUACCUAGAGCAUAUGUUUUAAGGACACUAGAGUUAUUGUGGGACGAAGAGUCGAGGAACGAUAUGAAAGGGGGUAAAGAGAUGGUGAAGGCUGUGUUAAAAUACCGGCGUAUGAUGCAAUCUGAAUCGGAAGCUAUACUACAAGUGCCUAUCCGAGACCCAAGAACUGAGGACGAGAAAAAAACUGAUGAAAAAUUGCAAGAAAUAGCUCACAGGAUCUACUUAGACUUGAAGAACGAGCUCUCUGACAACAUACAUAGCAGUGCUCGACCGACGAUAACAACUGAAAGUCAGAAACUUCCUCAACCGCCGAUAUUUGCUAAGACUGGAGAAGUGGCAUGCGAAGAAUUGAAAAGAGCUUGGCAAGAGAAGCAAGACGAAUAUGUCAGAGCGGUAGAAGAGAUAUCGAGACCGAAUGAAAACUUGCAGCGAUACUGGCGUAGGCGGAGAGAAGAAGCCAAGGAAGAGGAGUUCUUCAAGCAACUAUUACGCGAGGAAUCUAUCCCUCCUUACUUCCGUAACAUGCUGGGAGGUGCGGCAUGGUGGGAAGUGAACAACAUGGCCGGCGAGGCGGUCACCAGGGCUGGACAUAGUCGAUGCGAGUGCUCGCGUCCAACAUCAAACAACAAAAAUAGUGCAAAUACCUCUUAG